GUGCGGCAUAAAGCCGGCCGAGGUAGCUGCCAAGGGACCGCUGUCUGCCAUGAAGGGGAGCAGCACCCUCCUGCUGGCGGCCCUCAUCCUGCUCUGCUCCUGGGGGCUGGCCACCGGGGAGGACAGCAGUGAGUUUUUCAUGGACUUCCUGCAAACGCUGCUGGUGGGGUCCCCCGAGGAGCUCUACGAGGGGCCCCUGAGCAAGUACAACGUCAAUGCAGGCGCCAAGGCCGCCCUGACCGAGCUCAAGUCCUGCAUAGACGACCUCCAGCCCAUGCACAAGGCGGAGCUGGUCAAGCUGCUGGUGCAAGUGCUGGGCAGCGAAGAUGAGGCCUAGCAGAGCCCAGUCACAGCUCCAGGCAGCCACAGGACCAGCUACACAAGCAGCCAAGGCCACGCCGUCCCACUACCACUUCCCCAUGUGUGAAUUUACCCUAAUACUGUUCAGUCAAUAAAGCGUCCUGCAG